GAAAAAUGCCUUUGAAGUUACCAGUUCUGUUGGUUAUAUUCCUCCAUGGCUUUGCUAUUAUCGCCUCAGCUUCUGGUCUAGAUCCCAUUCGAGACUUCUGUGUAGCUGACACAGCAUCUGCAACCAACACCCUCCAAUGCAAAAACUCAUCAGCUGCAAUGGUUGAAGAUUUUGUGUUUUCUGGCAUAAAGUUCCCUGGAAAGGUCAGCGAGAUGGGUUUCUCAGCCGAGUCAGUGAAUGUGAAAGUGUUUCCAGGCCUGAACACACUAGGUAUGUCAUUUGUAAGAGCUGAUUUUGAUGUUGGUGGUGUCAACGUGCCUCAGUUCCAUCCAAGAGCAACUGAGGUAGCAUUUGUGCUUGAAGGGAGAAUUUAUUCAGGAUUCGUUGAUACAGAUAACAAGAUUUUUGCUAAAGUGAUCGGGAAGGGUGAGGUCAUGGUGUUUCCCAGGGGUCUUGUGCAUGCACUUCCAAAUGAAUGUUGGAGAUACACCUGCAACUAUCUGGGGGAGUUUUUAAUAGCCAGAACCCAGGACUGCAGAGGAUUCCAUAUGCUGUUUUUGGUUCUGGGAUCAAAGAAGAGCUUUUGCACAAGGCUUUUGGAUUGAGUUCUACAGAGAUUGCCCAGUUGAGGAGGAAGCUUUCUCCCCACGAGUUUAGUUAAAUGGUGAGGCUAAUUUCUCUCUUAGAAACUUAGAUGAGUAUGGCAGCAAUUGCUAAAGACAUGCUAUUCAUCCUAAAUGUGUCAAAAACAAUUUUAGAGGUAAUGGCUAAUAAGAUGGUUAAACUUCUUCAUUUCUUAGAUCUUCCAUCUCAGAAAAGUAAAGCUGUGUUAUUUUG